AUGUACGCCGCCAACCAUUGCGGGCCCAAGAGUCCCAGCAAUCCAACUCAAUUCUCCAACAAUCCAUUCCUCGACGAUCCCUCCAACCCGUACACCCGCUUCCCAGAUAUUACAAGUUCAAGUUCCCUACAGUCUCCGCCACCGCAGAUUCAAGUAGGAUACAGUGGAACGGAGUAUGCUGACAGCACCCAGUAUCAGGCUCAACAAUACCCGUACUGGCAGCAGCAGCAAUAUUCCGGACAGUAUCCAGGGCAGCCGCCCCAGUUCCAGAACUACAGCCAGUUUGCUUCAGCAUCAUAUACCCCGCAAUACACUAAUACGCCACAUCAAUUCAUAUCGACAACAGGAGCCGGAUUCCAGCCACAGCCAACAAGUACAUUCGAGCAGCAGACGGGCUCACAGCAAUACGGGUACACCGGUGGCGGCCAGCAGUACUCCAACCAAGGCUAUCCGCAACAGUUUAGGAGUAGUCCAUCGUAUCUCUCGGAAUUCGAUCCAUACGCCCAACAACAGCCGGCGUCACCCAAUCGUUCCCACUUGAGUGGGUCUUCCUCGGGAGGAGGAAGCAAGGGGCCUCGAGGAGAACAGCAUCCGCGUGACUUCCUCCGGUCUCAUAAGGCCGACCUAGAGGCCUGGGACCCAUAUGCAUGGAAGCAGCUGAUCAAUGCGUGCGAGGCCCUGAAGGAUGCCUGGAUUUUCCGGAAACAGCAUGCCGAAAACACGGUACGGCAGUACGGUGGAGGUUCUUCCGGCUUCUUCGGAGAUGCGCCUCAGGGAUAUGGAUACAAUAGUAAUUCCCAUAUCGAAGGUUGGAAGCAGGCAAUGAAAGAAGCAGUGUCGAAUGUUGAUACCGCUGCUGCGUCAGUCUUCCAACUGCAGGAAGUAUAUAGCAGUUACAGGCAGUCGGGGGAUGUUUCCAGCAAGCGGCGCGUCCGUGAGGCAACCAACGCUGCCUUAACCGGAUUGCCUGACUGGCCCGGUCCGUUGAGUUAG